AUGCACCUGCUGUCGUCAGCUCCUGCCUGUCGCAACGGUGUUACAAGCUUAUUGUCGUGAACGCAGCAUCGUCGACAGUGGACUGCUUGCGUAGGUCUGAGCACGCUUAGGGAACGCCAUGGUUCUGGCCUUUCCCCACUUCAUGAACCAUUCCUCCAUCGUUUCCGUGACUUCAAGUUCAAUUCAACUGAUCAAGCGUGCGGUGCUGGUGCUGUAGCGGCCAUGGCAACGCUGGCAGAGUGCCAGAAUGCUGAUCCGCAAAGCCAGGCACCGUCAACGCCAACCACGUAUCCAAAUUUAGAAUAUACCGCCAGCGCCGCCCAGAGCCUGCUGGAUUACCGAUGUGAGCCUCCGUCACCGAAGCAAACUGAUGCAAGGCCUUCGUCACCGGAGAUGCAAGCGAGACGGUCACCGUCGCAAGCACAAGCCCCACAGUCACCACCACAGAACCAAGCAGGACCGGCGCCGCAGCCACCCACAACCACAGCAGUCAAGCGAUCCUUCGCUGAGUACCAGACCGGCUAUCGCAGACCGUACCGCACGCUGGCACCUGCUCCGCCACCCAAGAAACCAUGCCUCGAGCCAAAGCAGACCAGCUUCUUCGACUUGCCAGCCGAACUCCGCAUCCACAUCUACGAGCUGGUCCUGGUCAACGUGCGCAUUCAGAUCCUGCCACUCGAGUCCAAAGACCACCGGACGCCCCACGCUCUCAUUCUGGCGAGCCGGCAAGUCCGCAACGAAGUUCUGCCCAUCAUCCACAGCAAAUGUCGCAUCCGCGCUAACGUCACGGACUUCAAUUUCUCUGGGCUGGUGGCGUGGAUGGACCGCAUCCCGUCGGGUCAACAGGCCAUGCUGUGUAAAAACGAGCAACUCGAAAUCAAUCUCUGCACCUCGCUCAAGCCGGAUUCCCGGAGUUUUGCGGUCGGAUUGAGGAAGUGGUUGGAGAUGCGGAAGGAUCCGCACCGCUCGCAGCCGAACUGGCAGUAUUCAGGCCCGACGCCGAAGAAGGGCGUGGCGAGCGAUCUCCGGCGGCGUGCGAAGAGGAUGAACCCGCCGGAGAAGCGCGGGGAGUUUCUCGCGAUGCUUGAUGCGAUUGGAGUGGUUGUUUAGAUACUUCGAGCGUUGCAAGGCCUUCUCAACCGGGACUGGCUAUAGGCGUUCAGGAAAAGAUGGCUUGUCAUUAACUGCUUACGGUACGGCAUGACUCCGUUACAGGGUAAUGGAG